AUGUACAUUUAUCUAAUAUUUUAUCGUCUUUUGGUGCUUGUACGUGCCUUUAUAGUCAGAGAUAGCUCUUUAACGCAUCUAUCCGGAGGUUUAUCUACACAUCCUUGCAUUUCUAUAUUACCUAAAUAUACUUCCUUGACAUACUCAAAUCCCAAUGAAAAUGGAAGUGAUAUUGAGGAAGAAGACAUCGCACACUUGGCUGAAACUAAGAAUUUCAACGAUACAGAUAAUGAUCUUGAAAUGAUGGAAUUCUUACGUUCUUCUGAUAAGGAUGGUAAACUAUCUGAUGCAAAACUAAAAAUAUCGAGACGAUUAUGGAAAUUAUUGAUGGGACUGUUGAUAUACCGGUCAAGGUAUAACGACUAUAAUAUUGGUUAUGAGUUCGUAUUCGAUGAAGAAGAUGAGAAUCAUCAAUAUAUUGCAGGUUACCCAUUAGGGGAAAUCCUGAACAAUUUAUUGGAUUUGGUAGACUUACAUGGGAAAGAUCCGGUUCUGUUCAAGAAAUACAACGAAUCUCUACAGCUGGAGAAUAAGCAUUUUCCAGUCUCUGAUGUUAAAGAGGCUCCAAAACUACUUUGGCUGCUUGGAUUUCCAACCCAUACAUAUAUUAAGAAACGCAAAGAACUGGACAGCAUCUACUUGCCUGCAAAGAGUGUGACCACAAGGCUGAGAAAAUGGAAUCUACUUAAGCCCUUGAAACAUGCCAGUCUUUAUGAUAUUCACGAAGACAAUACUGUGGUUAUAGAACGCACAAAGCAAGUAAAGAAAAUAAUAAACGAAUUUCUAAAGGACGAAAGAGAAUAUUUAAUGAGCCAAUUAAUGUUUAGUAAUCCUCAGGAAUUACCUGCACCUUCCAAUAAGGCUUUGCCUAGAGAAAGAAUAUUGAAGACUAUAGUAUCCGAAAUACUAGAAAAGCACAAAUCAUCAAGUGUCUGUCCACUUGUUCAAAGAGACACAAGGUUUGAAAUAGAGGGGGGUUACCAUUAUUCAUUUUAUCAUUGGUCAUUCGAACAAGUUGUACAAUGUCUCGUGCUAUUCAACGAUAUGUAUUUUGAUCAUAACAGGGAACUACUGAUAUCUUGUGAGCGUUCGGGGACACAAUUUGAACCUGUAACAUUUAAUAUCUUACGCAAAAAUUGGAGAGUGCCAGAAAAUGAUAAUUGGCCUAAAGUAUUUCAUGGUAUGCCCUUGGGUUAUUUUAUCGACAAUUUUCGCAAUGGAGAUACAGAUGCUAAGGAACAUUGGUUGCGAAGGGCAAUUCUAGAUCACAUUGGAUUCAAUUGGGGUGAUGGCAUAAAAUAUCUAACAUUUACAUGGGAUAAACUAGAACUCGGCCUUAUUUGGUUCAUCAAUUUUAGAGGUUUCCCUAUAGUAAAUUUGACUCCAGAUAUGGAAAUUUCCAAAACUACUGCAGUUGCAAAAUUCGGGAAGCCAGAAGAAAUACAGGGAUUAAAACUAGGUAGAUUGGUGUAUACUGCAAUAGACCAAAUACAAGUUCUGAGACAACAUUAUCCCAAUAGGUACAAAUUUCUAUCUGAUAUGGGUCUAAACGUAAUGUGGAAGGAACAGAUAGGUUUAGGAUAUAGACCUGUCCCUCACUCAAAGUUCGUUAAUAUAGACAAGCGUACCAAAGUUUCCACUGACAAGAAAUACCUGUUUGAUGAAACAAAUCCACAUCCGAAGGACAUGGAUGUAAUUAACGUUGUAGACGUUGUCGAUGAAAACAUUAGCGACUUGCUCGUUCACAAGGAUGAAAAGUAUAAUAUGCCACAAAUAGAGGGUCUUUUUGAAGAACCUGAUCCUGGUAACAUAACAUAG